AUGCCACCAACUGAAGCAGUCGAACUCCAUGCAAAUGUCGUCCAGGAGGUGCUUUUUGCUCCUCUCCCUUGUUCGUUCUCCGUAAUGCCAAUUUUUCAGGUGCGCUCGCAAGUGGCCGAUAUCCUCCAUCCCCGCUAUGAUACUCACUUCAACAUCCUUCGGUGGUUGCAGUCUUGCGAUUUUAAUGUCCAGAAAUCAGUUCACAACCUUCGAAAACAUCUGAAAUGGAGACGCGAACGACAUCUGGACGAGGAUGGUCGUGGUCUUCAGAGUUGUGCAGUGACAGCUGAAUACGCCCCAGUUUCGAUUAUCGGACCAAACCGGAAGAACGGAGAUCGGCUGAUUGUCGUUGAUCAGAGCGGUCGGAUCGAUAUCGGUGGAGUGAUGAAGUCGAUUCAACCGACCGAAUAUUUGCAUCAGUUGUUCCGCAACUUCGAAAAGAUACUCGCACUCUUGAAUGAGAUGGAAGCGAACACGGGCGUCCAGUGCUCGGUAUACUAUGUAUUUGAUCUCGACGGGCUCAAAUUUGAUCCCUCUCUUCUAGGAAUCAUCAGUGGUAUGUCAAUAGGUCCUUUCCGGGUCUCGUGGCAAUUGAUAGGCCAACAUUAUCGAGAGUUCAUCAAUCGUUUUGUCGUCAUUAAUACCCCUAGCUACAUUAAUGUACUUUGGUAG